GCCGAGCUAAGAUUUAGCUAGGGUUUGGUGGCACUCACUCUUCUACUGGGUGUGUGCCUUUGUCCGUGUAUAAAAGCUAGUCCAUUUCUAACACAAUUCGGUGCGGUGCCGCCAUUGCUUCCCUGCCCUCUCCUUUUACUUUCUUACGCCAUUUUCGUCGUCUCUGUCACCCCGUGCGUCGUCGUGUCUCUCCGACUACUUUAUCCUCCUUAUUCGCUAAGAAAAAAAAAAACACACAAAUUGCGAUAAUUUAACCAAAAUUAUCGAGAAAAAAAAAGAAGGGGGCAGAGAUUUUUGGGAGAAUUUACGGAAUGGCUCAGGUACAAGUUCAGGCGCAGCCUCCGGUUUCAAACGGCGUGGUCAGCAACGGAGUGGGCCAGUUCGUGUCGACGUCAUUGUACGUCGGAGAUCUUGACCAGAACGUGACUGACACGCACCUCUUCGACGUGUUUAGUCAAGUGGGUCUGGUGGUUUCGGUCCGGGUCUGUAGGGACUUGAGCUCCCGACGCUCUCUCGGCUAUGGUUACGUCAAUUACAGCAACCCUCAAGAAGCGGCACGGGCCUUGGAUGCUUUGAAUUUUACUCCUCUCAAUGGCAAGCCAAUCAGAAUUAUGUAUUCUUAUCGCGACCCUAGCAUUCGUAAAAGUGGGGCAGGGAAUAUAUUUAUUAAGAAUUUGGACAAGGCCAUUGAUAACAAAGCACUGCAAGAGACAUUUUCAACAUUUGGGAAUAUCUUAUCUUGCAAGAUAGAAACUGAUCAGUCGGGUCAGUCAAAAGGAUAUGGUUAUGUACAAUUUGAUAAUGAAGAUUCUGCUAAAAAUGCUAUUGAAAAGCUGAAUGGUAUGCUAUUGAAUGACAAACAAGUUUUUGUUGGACCCUUUCUGCGCAAGCAGGAAAGAGAUUCUACUUCAGAUAGGAACAAAUUCAACAAUGUCUAUGUGAAAAACUUUUCUGAAUCAACUACUGAGGAAGAGUUGAAGGAAAUCUUUGGUGAUUUUGGAACUAUUACCAGCGUUGUAGUUAUGAGAGAUGGAGAUGGAAAAUCUAAGUGUUUUGGAUUUGUCAACUUUGAAAACUCUGAUGAUGCAGCUCGAUCUGUUGAGGCCCUUAAUGGAAAGAAGAUUGAAGAUAAGGAGUGGUAUGUUGGGAAAGCCCAGAAAAAAUCUGAAAGAGAGAUUGAAUUGAAAGGGGGAAGUGAGCAAAAUUUGAAGGAGAAGGUUGACAAAUAUGAAGGACUGAAUUUAUAUGUUAAAAAUCUAGAUGAUAGCAUCACUGAUGAUAAGCUAAGGGAAUUGUUCUCAGAAUUUGGUACAAUUACUUCAUGCAAGGUCAUGUGUGACCCUAAUGGUAUAAGUAGAGGAUCGGGAUUUAUUGCUUUCUCAAAUGCUGAAGAAUCGUCUCGAGCUCUCUCGGAGAUGAAUGGUAAAAUGGUUUCCAGCAAACCACUGUAUGUGGCACUUGCACAACGUAGAGAAGAUAGAAGAGCAAAGUUGCAGGAACAGUUUUCACAAAUUCGUCCUGCUGGAAUGGCAAUUCCGGUGGCCCCUCGAAUGCCCUUGUAUCCCCCGGGGGCACCAGGUCUUGGACAGCAACUAUUCUAUGGUCAAGGCCCUCCUGCUAUCAUCCCUCCACAACCUGGAUUUGGGUAUCAGCAGCAAUUAGUUCCUGGGAUGAGGCCAAACUUUUUUGUCCCAAUGGUCCAACCAGGUCAGCAGAGCCAGCGUCCAGGUGGCAGACGGUCUGGAGCAGGGACAAGCCAACCAAAUCAGCAAGCACUCCCACUAAUGCAGCCACAGAUGCUUCCUAGGGGACGGGCCUAUCGUUACCCUCCUGGUCGUAACAUGCCUGAUGCUUCCUUUGCUGGUGUUUCUGGGGGCAUGCUCUCUACUCCAUAUGACAUGGGUGGAAUGCCAUUUAGAGAUGGUACAUUUUCACAACCUAUGGCAACUGGGGCUUUGGCCACUGCACUUGCUAAUGCAACACCCGAGAAGCAGAGGACUUUGCUGGGUGAAAAUUUAUACCCACUGGUGGACCAGUUGGAACAUGAAAAUGCUGCAAAGGUGACUGGCAUGCUACUGGAGAUGGACCAGACUGAGGUUUUGCAUUUACUGGAAUCACCAGAGGCCUUGAAAGUGAAGGUUGCUGAGGCCAUGGAGGUGUUGAGGAAUGUAAAUCAGCAGCAGCAAUUAAAUACUCCAAAUGAUCAGAUGGCCUCACUGUCGCUAAGUGACACCCUUGUUUCUUGAGUUUUGUAGGUGGGGUAGCCUGGCCAGGCUUUAUUAGUUCUAGAGUUAAAAAAUAAGUUAUUGUCUUUCAAGCUGUUAAACGCAGAGUUUCUUAAGAAUAGAACCUGAAUUUAAUCGGCAUUGAACCUUACAUGUAUGGUGGCUUAGAGUGGCAUUGAACCGUGCAUGUAUGUUUCUCGA